AUGAACGAUUCGCCAUUCCACGGCAUACUGCACACCAACACUGCCCCUUCAUUGCCUCAACUCGACGACAUCCGUCAAUAUCUAAAGCAGCCAUAUCAGCAGCUUGCCACGCUUAAUACCGAGGUGGACAGGUUGUCUAACCUACUAUCAACUACCAUCCGGAAGCGCGAUGAGCUCGAGAAAGUCAUUUCUGAUCACGAAAGUCUUUUGUCGCCUAUCAAACGGGUUCCACUUGACGUCCUCAGGCUCAUUUUCGAACAUACCCUCCCUGACAAGCGCAAUGCCGCCUUCAGUGACACUGAGGGUCCUCUGCUACUUUCUCGCGUCUGCAGAGACUGGAAACGUAUUGCCGAAUCCACUCCUCGGCUGUGGUCUUCAAUGCAUAUUGUCGUUCCGCACUUUGAUGCUCACCCAGAAACCGUCAGUCAAGUGAAGCGCUUGUUGAAUACUUGGCUUGCUCGCUCGGGCAGUGUACCAUUGUCCAUUACUAUGCAGCUGGCCAGCGGUUGGGGAUAUGAGAACACUCGCCCAGAUCCCCUCUUGCCGCUCCUACUGCCACAUGCUUCCCGAUGGCGGGACAUGAAGAUAUGGCUCUCUCAUACCGCUGACAUUGAAACGCUACAAUCUCUGACCAAAGAAGACGUUCCCCUUCUCCGAAAAAUCGAUCUUUCGGUUGACCGCCGGCUUUCGGACUAUGAAUCCACUGACCAGCUCGCACUCACACCGACUCUCAGAGAUCAGCUCUCGUUCCUCGCAACAAAUCAACUUCAAAGUUUUGCGUUUAGGGGAACACAUGCUAGUCUUCCGCUGACAACGUCUUGGCAUAGUCUUCGACAUCUGGAACUCCGCUUUAAUCUCUCAAAUCAGCAAACCACCAUCGAAUACCCGCUACCAUUCUUGUGUCAUUGCCCUUCGCUUGAGAAACUGCACCUCGAAGUCAUGCACUAUGACAUUCUCUACUCCCCGGAUCGCUCUGACCACAUUCAGCUUCCUGUCCUACGGUCCCUUAGCCUUAAGCUUUCCAGUCGCAGGCAGCCAAGCGUAGACUUGAAUCGAGCACUUGACUGUUUCUCCCUUCCCACACUCCGAAAAGUCCAGUUGUCCCGAAAGCUGUGUGAAGAGCUUUCCGGAGCUCUGCGCUCCAUCCCGUAUAUUACCCAUCUCACUAUUCGACCUGGGGCAUUGGCUUCCGAUGUGCUGGCUUCAGCCCUUUCCAUAUUGUCCGCCCUACAACACCUCCGUAUACAUGGCGAGCCAAAAAUUCCGGGCGCCGACAUUCCAACUCCAGGCCAGAAUUCCGACCCCAAUUUCCUCGAAUAUUUUAUUCCUGUUUCAAACUCCACAGACAUCCUUUGUCCUGCCCUCCAAUGCCUCGAGUUUGCUAACAUACACGCGCUCAGCGAAGAGCUCAUUGUGCGCUUUAUUCUUGCCCGCAGAUCCGCUGUGGUCCCGACCCAGCUUGUCCGCUUCAACUGCUCUAUUCACCGAGAGGCUAUGGGACGAGACAUGCGCACCCAGUUGGCUGAUGAGUUGGCUAGCGGCUUUGAAUUGGGAGUGUACUACGACCCCCCGCCAGUGAUGAGGAUAAGAUACUGGCCGUUUGAAGGGGCUUUGCCUCAGAAAGCGAGUUUGGGAGAUGAUUGGCUGGGUGGUCGUUACGAUUACGAGUAA